AUGGAUAAUGGGGUUUUCGUAAGUGAAGUCUAUCGACGGAGCGCCAGUAGCGGUCGAGGGAGUAGUGAGGAUAGCAGUGCCACCGGUGGGAGCGGUUUUGGUGGCGUUGGUGUUGGUGGUGGUAGCACUGAGGAGUGCCUCUUUAAACAGCCCCUCUGUCAGCCGCUGCCCAAUGGGUGCGCUCUAGAUCGACCGGUAUGUUCCAUUCUCUGUCCACUCUACACGAUUUUAAAACUGUACCGCACAUCUUCAUGUCAUCCAACAAGGUUUCCACGUCAUUCAUUUCUUGUUUACUCGUUCUGGGGUAGAACAAAUUUUUAUUUACUGAUCUCCAAUGGGUGUUUUAAUGCUCCAUUCUCGGCAUUGCAUCUUCGCUUAGCUCUUGAUUGGGGCACGAUUUGCAUUUUCUCUAACUCUAAGAGUUAUUAG